AUGUCUUCUACACCUGCUUCCCUGAUUCAUCUCCGCACACCGCCAGAGCCCGGUAAGAAAUCGGCCUCCCGGACCUACAUCAUCUACUUUGUUACCGGCAACCCAGGACUCGUUGAAUACUACCGUACCUUUCUAACACAUCUGUAUGGUCUCCUGAGCCAUAAUACAGCAUCAGACCGCGAUGUUGAGUUUCAGGUGUAUGCAAGGAGUCUGUCUGGGUUUGAAAUGAAUACUGCCGAGAUCAAGACCAUCAAGUGGCGCAAACAGCCGCCAUAUGGACUGCAAGACCAAAUCCGACAUGCUGAAGAUGAGUUGACAGAUUUGGUGGAGGAGGUGAAAGAGCAGGGUGCAAAGGAUGUUCGAGUCAUCUUGAUGGGACAUUCGGUUGGCGCGUAUAUCUCUCUGGAAAUCAUUCGUAGGCUGAGGGCGCAUGGCCUGGCUGGUGACGAUUUCGAGACCAGAGUCGUUGGCGCCAUAGGUCUGUUCCCGACAAUUGUGGACAUUGCCAGGAGCGAGAGCGGGAUGAAGGCUGCUCCCUUCCUCAAGAACUCCAAUUUUGCAGUAUUUGCUUCACUCUUUGUCUACUUUCUAACCUGUCUACUUCCCAUGUCUUUUAUAGCUACGCUCGUGGCAAAAUUCAUGGGCUUCCCUCCGGAUGCUGCAAACACGACAGCCGCCUUCAUCAAGUCUCCCCACGGCAUCCAACAAGCGCUUCACAUGGCGCGCGAUGAGAUGUUCCAGAUCGACACCGACAUCUGGGACGAGGAAAUCUGGGGCGCCUCAGCCUCGGAGCCGCCAACCAAGCACCCACACCCAAGGCCUAUUUUGCGCUUCUUGUUUGCGCGGACCGAUCAUUGGGUUGCGGAUGCAACACGGGAUGCUCUGAUCAACAGUCGCGGUCGAUUUGACGCAGGCGAAGUCGACGAGGCAGAUGGUCUGGGCGAAAAUUGGAAACCCAUCAUGGACAUUGAUCAUCGAGAAGGAUGGCCGCAUGGGUUCUGUAUUAGGCAUGGCGUACCGGUGGCCGAGAAGGUGGCGGGGUAUGUUAGGAGCAUUGUGGCGCAGGAUAUGGCGAGGAACUAGUUUCUCUUGAGAGCCGCAGAUGUCAGCCUGGCUUAACCUGCUUCUUCCUCCCUUCACUCUUCUC